AUGGCUACUAGACCAGACAUCACCUAUGCCAUCCAUCAUCUUAGUCAAUUUGUUAGCGCCCUCACAGACAUGCACAUGGUUGCAGCUCAUCGAGUGCUUCGUUAUAUAAAAGGAUCUCCAGGAAAGGGGUUAUUCUACCCAGCAGCAACAGCUCCUAGCCUCAAGGCUUUCUCUGACUCGGAUUGGGCUUCAUGCCCUGAGACUCGCAAAUCUGUCACCGGGUUCUGCAUUUUCCUUGGAAACUCCCUGGUUUCAUGGCGCUCAAAGAAACAACCUACGGUGUCAGUAUCCUCUUCCGAGGCUAAAUAUAGAGCUCUGGCUACCACUGCCUGCGAGUUACAAUGGCUAAGUUCUCUUCUCCAAGAUCUGCACGUCAACUUGGCCAGUCCUGCACUUGUUUUUUGUGAUAACAAAUCCGUCAUUGCCAUUUCUGAGAAUUUUGUCUUCCAUGAGAGGACGAAGCACAUCGAAAUCGAUUGCCACGUGGUGAGGGAAAGGGUGGCUCAAGGUCUGAUAAAAUUAUUGUCUGUUUCCUCUCUUAAUCAGAUUGCAGAUGGAUUCACAAAACCUUUGGCUGCUCCUCUAUUUGAUGUUUUCGUAGCUAAGCUGGGGAUGUUGGACUUACAUUUCCCAGCUUACGGGGGGUAUUAG